GGCACCUAAAAGAUACCCGAGAGGGUGUAGAUUUGUAGUAUAUAGAGAGAGAGAAGAGAGAAGAGAGAAGAGAGAAGAGAGAUGGAUCCAGACGCGUUGGCAAAGGCAUUCGUGGAGCACUACUACAGCACCUUCGACACCAACCGGAACGGUUUAGCGAAUCUGUAUCAGGAGGGUUCCAUGCUGACCUUCGAAGGGCAGAAGAUCCAGGGCGCUUCCAGCAUCGUCGCUAAGCUCACUUCCCUCCCUUUCCAGCAGUGCCACCACUCCAUCUCCACCGUCGACUGCCAGCCCUCCGGUGUCAACGCUGGCAUGCUUGUCUUUGUCAGCGGCAACCUCCAGCUCGCUGGCGAACAGCACACUCUCAAGUUCAGCCAGAUGUUCCAUUUGAUACCAACGCCUCAGGGAAGCUAUUAUGUGUUGAAUGACAUAUUCCGUUUGAACUAUGCAUGAAGAUAGACCAUCAUAUGACCUGAAAGGCCAUAGAUGAAGUUUGCCUAUAGCUAGCUGUUUCAGAUUGCACAUUUGAAAUUGAAAAUGGGUUCUUUUUGGUCGGUUGUGUUGAACGCUUAAUUGUGCCUGUUGUGUUUAGAAUUUUCUGUGGUGACUGGUUAAAAAACCCACCUUCAAGGAUAAAUUGUUGAAAGAUUUUCGGAUAUUGGAGUUUAAAAACUUUAAUAUAUUUGUGAUCCGCGAUAUUGAAUCCAAGCAUCUUGAUCCA